AUCCGGGUUGAGGUGAAACCGUGAGAUCAUGAAAGAUCAGAUCCCUACCUAUAGUCAGGUCCUGUCCUACCGGGCAAACACACUGCCACCAUUUCUUCAGUCACUGUAAAUCUUCUACAUUUGUGGCACAUUUUCAAAGACAUGCGCGUGAAGGAAAUGUUUUCGAGCGCUUGCGGUGGCGAGGUCAGGUUAAACACGUAAGCCGGGAGCUCUGCCGUGCAGAAGCCUGAAGUCCUUUACAUAGGAAGGCUUUGACCCGGCCCAGCAGGAAGGCAUCGGCGGGAGUGUUAAGUCACAGUUCACUGACGAGCGGUCACAUGUCAGAAAGGUAGACUGAGGUAAAGUACAUAUUGUGCUGCUCUGGGACCUGUUCUUCGACUGUCACCGCGCUGGACGGCGGAUGCAUUGCAUAUUGACUGUACAUGCAAACAAAGCUAAUUUGACACAGACACUUUUCCAUUGUAGUACAAUUGCAUGUGUUCAGUGGGCCCAAAGUCCAGAUCAUAUGUCGGAUGCUUUCUUCCAAACACAUCCGUGUUGAAUUAACCAUUUCCCUUUCUCUCUUCCAUGUAUCCUCCAGACAAUACCUUACCCAAAACAAGGCAGGCUAUUAACAAAAGGAACCUGUACAGCAGGCUUAAAAAGAAUUACAACUGCUGUGUGAAAUUAUUUUAGGGUAUUUUCUUUUUUUAUGAUUAUCAUUUUUAAAGGCAUACAAGGUCAAUGCCAUUUGUUCAAAAGUCAACGGUUAAAAAGUCACUGCAGGAAGUAAAGAUAUUUAGCACAUGAACUACCAAUCUAGCCCACAGUUGGCCUCUGUUAAAGUAUUUGUGUUGACUUCUACACGAUCUGAAUUGAAUCCAAAGCUCUCAAAGAACAGUGUUUUCUAUUAAUAAUCCACAUUAAAACUGCUGUAGCCUAGUUCUAAUAUCCGGGGGAAGAGAGUCUCUAUUUCAGUAUACUGGUAGGGCACACUGUGAUAUGCUAAAAGAGCACUAGAUUAAUGCAACUCUGUGAAAACGAGAUUAAGACGGUAAUGACUAAAGCUCCUGUCCUGCAUUGCUUUAAAUAGAUGCUAAGCAUUGUGCAUGGACACCCUUAAUGUGUUAAUGUGAGAAUGUCUCAAUGUUGCCGGCUGGGGAAAGUUACCAGAUUAGCUCUGGGACUACACCUGAUGAGUCUCCGGUAUGAAAUAGUACAGGGAGGUCAUGGUAGAACGGAAUAGAAUUAGGAAUGUCAUUAUUUCCCGGGGUCUGGGCAGCGUCAUCCAGUACACAUUUACUGCUGCAGGCAUUAAUUCAAGUCUAGACUCUGGCAUCUGUCUUUCAAAGCUUUGCUGUCAAAUACAGCAUAAAGAUGCCUGUACAUGACCAAUUCCAUAAUUUGACUUAAUUUAAAUUUGCACAUUAACAUUUGGAUCUGUCACUACAACUUUGAUGUAGUGUUUCUUUUACAUUUUCAGUGGGACUGAUUUAAGACCUCAGACAUUUACCUGUUUGUUGUGUAAGCCUUGUGCCUGGGAUCAGUUUUUUUUGCGGCAGGUAAGAAGCAUCCCCACAGCCUGGUGCUUCCACUGCCACUGUAGGGAUGGUGGCAUGGCAGUGCUAGGUUUGCUCUACACAUAGUGCUUUGCACAUCUCAACCUUUUCCCAUGUGGGAACUGGGUCACUCUCAUGCUUUCAGAUGUUUUUUUGAGUAACUGCUUCCUUCUUGCUUUCCUUCAACACAGGCCAAUGCAGAGCUCUUGAUAUGGUUGACAUUUACCCCACACCCAGCCACUGGAGUCUGUCGCUCCUUCAAAGUGAUUGCUGGCCUUUCUGUGGCGAUGCGUUCUGAAGGACAGGCUUAUCACGGCAUUGCCUAGAUGGUUUGAUGCAUCUUCCACUUUCUGAUUACUUCUCCAACUGGGAUAUCCAAUUCAUGCAUGUGUUACUUUAUGUUUAACUUCUGUAGAAUGCUCUUUGGUCUUCGUAUUCUUUCAGAUUCACAGCCUGACCAAAGAUGCUUCAACAGUGGUAUAUAUUUUUACUUUAAUUGAUAACAAGCCUAAAACCAAAAAAGCAAGCGAUAAGAUUUUAAAGAACAGGAGCUAAGAACAACUCCCUAAAAAGUUCAGAACACAAGAAGAAACCUGUAGAGGAGCUGAGCUCUGGGAGUUACCCGUCCCAGAGAGUGCAGAAGUCAGACAGAAAGAUCUGUCACUCAACCGACUCAAGAACGGUCAAAAGCCCGACAUGAUAUGAUGCAACCUCUUACGGAGAGCAGGGGGCGACACGAGUAAAUCAGUGAGUCACCCCCUGUAAGAGCACUGAAGAAAGGGUUUCAAUACUAUUACGUGAUUUGACACAGGGACGUUGGGACUAAAAGUUACAGAUUUGGGCACUUUUACAGAAACCAGCAGGGGUCACACCAACGAGUAGAGAUGUAUAUUUAAAUUGGGCCAUAUAAUAUAACAACCCAUACUAUAAAAUAAUUACAAGGGAACUGUAAAACGUCACCCCCACAUUACUGAUGAGCAUAUUCAGUGACAUUUUUAAAUGCAGUUACUCCAUGACAAGUCAAAUCAUUCCCCCAAGCAGUCAAAAUCCUGCCAGUGGCAUCUGAGACUAAUGUUUGGUCAAAUAACAAAUACAUCUUCUAACCAUGUCUGUGUACUUUAUAUAUUGAGUUGCCAUCACAUAAUUCGAUGUUUGGCUAUUUUGUGUUAACAACCAGGUGUAAUUAAUAAACUGGCUACAGAGCAUAGAUUAUAUCAAUUUAAUGUUGAUAUACACCAGUGGUGAUUGAUAUAAACCAGUGGUGACUGAUAUGCGCCAGUGGUGUGAUGUAUGGAAUAUUUUUACACAAAUAUGGAAGGUCAUUAUCAAUACAUAAAAUCAAACUUUAAACUUCUCCUGCAUUCUAACUGCAUUUCAAGACACUGUAAAUUGAAAAGAAAAGGGUAAACAAAGUUAGCAAAUUUUGGAUUUCUACUUUAUAGCCUUAUAAUUUAUGCUAUCUUUAAAAACUAUUACAUUUAAAGAGAACAAUAAGAAAACAUGGUUGAUCAACCAUUGCAGAAAGUAAAAAAUUAAAAUGAAAACAAAACUUUUUUUUAAAAUGAUGGUUAUUAAGACAACUAGAAAGUGUCCUUUUUGAAAAUGUCAUCGUUUAGCAUGCCCUUAGAUUUUGACAGGCUGAAAAGACAGGAUCAUAUUGGCUGAGGCGUGCUUUCACCUUUGUUUUAAGCUUAGUUUGUCCAGUUGGGAUGUACUAAGCAGAGAUAUUGCAACGACAUUACAUCAUAUAUGGAACAUUGCCAGUAUAUAGAGAGGACUUGGAAGGAUGUGUUCAAUGAGGAACAGGAUAACGCUUCACCGAGAAGGGUGGGUAUCGAAUCUUCUUGCCUGGUUGUGACACCUUGUGGUCAUACAGAGAAGCAGCAGCGGUUUCGUACAGCACUUUUAUUUUGAAGGUUUAAAAGCCCGGAAGUUGGUUGUGCAUGCAGGGAAUGGCAGCCGCCAGCAAUUGUUUUUGAAAAAUACAAAACCAAUUGUGGCAAUCCCCCGUUAUACUGUUAUAAUAUCUAACAGUUGUUUUUCUGAUAAACAAAAACAAAUUCCAUUCACUGCUAUUUCCAAGACGAUGGAGUAGUUUACAGACGACAUCCAAGUGAGUACAGUAGUAAGAGCCUGUUUUUUCCUAUGGAUCUGGGAACGCCGGUGAAGAAUGCUUCACCUCCGGAUUCCAAAGACACGAACUGCGAUCUGACCCCCGCUAUGAGAGCGAAGAUCGAAAGAAACAGACAGCGGGCUUUGAUGCUGAGGCAGUCCCGGCUGGCAAGCAGACCAUUAACGGGAGAUGGGGGCGGAUCCUCGGCUAAACUCACAAAGACAAUCGACUCUGGUGGAGGGUUCUUCAUCGAUGAAGAAGAAGGACAGGAGGAGCAAAAGGCAAAGAAAGUGGUGCAUCUACCUGCCCCGGUGAUAGAGGCAGACUAUCUGCUGUGUGAUGACUGUGACAAGCCCUUUAUGGAUUCCUACCUCAGCAAUAGCUUCGAUCUGGCAGUCUGCGACAGCUGCAGAGACAACGAGGUGAAACACAAGCUGAUAUCCCGUACCGAGGCUAAGCAGCUUUACCUGCUGAAGGAUUGUGACCUCGACAAGAGGGAGCCAGUGCUGAGGUUUGUCCUGAGGAAGAACCCACACAACCCUCGCUGGGGAGACAUGAAACUCUACCUCAAGCUACAGGUGGAAAAACGCUCCUUAGAAGUGUGGGGCUCCGAGGAGGCCCUGGAGGAGGCCAAGGAGUCCAGAGAGGAGAACAAAGAGGUGCAGAAGCAGAAGCGCUUCAAUAAAAAGGUCAAAGAGCUGCGUCGUGCAGUCAGGAGCAGCGUGUGGACCAAGGACACCAGCGCUCACCGACACGAGUACGGCCCAGAGGAACUAGUGGACGAAGAGGAGGACCUUUACAGGAAGGUCUGCAACACCUGCGGACACCAACUGACCUACGAGAAGAUGUAGCUUAGUGUCUUCAAAUCCUCCCAGGGGCCAACAGGAUUUGUUUCAGACCACUGGCAGAUGUUGGACGCUUAAACUUAGAUUCAAAUGAUUGUUAUGUCAUAAUGACCCUUUGAAGCUGAUGUCAAGAAUCUGAGCUGUUGUCUCGGCACAUGCCACACACAAAGGUGCCACAAGAGGGCACACAUUGACCUUUGUUGUACAGCCAGAAAACAUCCUGAACUGUUAAAAUAUCGUCACGUUUAGCAUAUUAAUUUUCCUGUUGUAUAUCGACCAUUGACUUCAUAUAUUGUGUCUGCAUGGGCAAAAUAAAUAUUUUUCCAUAA